AUGGCUGGGCCGGCGCAGGAGCAGGCGCUCCCUCUCCUCGCUUUGGCGAACAACCAUGGGGAUUUGGCCGUAAAGCUGUCGUCCUUGAAGCAAGUCAAGGACAUACUGUUAUCUGCGGAGCCUUCUCACGCCGCAGAGCUCUUUCCGUACUUGGUUGAGCUUCAGUCUUCCCCGGAAACGCUCGUGCGUAAAUACCUCCUUGAAGUAAUUGAUGAGAUUGGAGCGAAAAGUAUGGAGCAUUUAUCCAUAUUGUGGCCUAUCUUGUUGACGUUCUUAAAAGAUAAUAAUUCCAUGGUUGCAAAGCAAUCUAUUAUCACUGGCACAAAAAUCUUUUGUAGCGUGUUGGAAGACUUACCAUUGCAGUUUCAACGGCGUGGUAUAGUUGAGAGGUGGCUUGAAGAGCUGUGGAUGUGGAUGGUCAAGUACAAGGAUGCUGUUUUCAGCAUUAUCUUUGAGGCUGGAUCUGUUGGUCCACAGUUGCUAGCAAUAAAGUUUCUGGAAACAUACAUUUUACAUUUUACACAUGAUACAAAUGAUUCUGAAAAAGUUGCACCAGAAGUUACUACAAGGCAUGGAAGGGCAUUUAACAUCUCAAUGCUGGUUGAUCGUCAUCCUGUUCUGGAUCUACCUGCUCUUGUAUCAGAUGCAAAUAGAUAUUUUGGAAUUUUACUGGAUUCGUUGCGAUCAGCUGGCAAUCUUUGUGGUUCAUUGACAAUUUCUGUUGUUAAUAGCUUUUUAACUCAGAGUUAA